AUGACCCUGAUGAAAGAUUUCGACGUUGAGUUCUUCAAAAGUGCCAAUCAUCCUGAUAUGGAUUACUUUAUUGAAGAGUAUAACAAACUACGUGAAAGAAUCAUCCCGAAACCCUUUGAAGGUGUUAUGGAUGCAGAAAUGGAGCAGAUUUCACCAUCAAAACCAGCACCUGUCGUACAGGCGGUGCCUCCUCUGGGUCCUGCUUCACCAGCGCCUGUUCCGCACUACAACAUCUUUACAUCUCCUGGACCACACCACCCAAUUUGA